AUGGAUGUGCCAGUCAAGGGCCUCCGAAAGCCAGUAUCCAAUUCCCAGUUCCCCCUGCGCCACGCCCCACAUCAGUACCUGGCAGUGUUGUCUUUACCACGGUCACUGCAGACCAUCAUCCCGGUACACGGCUGGAAGAAUAUGACCAAGAAUAUGACCAGGAGCCAACAAUCCAUGCUCACGAAAUGCGAAAAACCUGUUCACAUCAGGAGGAUCUUGGCGGAGGAAGAGAUGCUAGACUCUCGACUGCAUCGUCAGUCCUACCUAGUCUUGGACGGUUUCGAUGGGCGGCCCUGCCCCAAGGACUCCUACCCGAUCUUCUUUAAGGGGUCGAUCACAUCCGCGAAAAAAAAAACCUACUGA